AUGGCGCACCAUCAUCCAGCGGUGCUGCUGCUGCUACUACUUGCGAAGGUAACGCUGCUGCUUCCCGCCGCUUCUCUCGCUUGGGGAGUGCUGAGCAGCCCCGACGCAUUACCCACGAGCACGGCGAGUAGUCUGGGCUUCCUUCUGCCCUGCAACAAGUCCGAAUCCCAGGAGAAUGUGACCGACGACCGGCCCGAGUUGGCAAUCGCUUUCCUCGGCACCUUCAACAACAGCCGCAUGCUCGGAAAAAUGGUAUCUGGUGCGGUGCCCCUGGCCGUAUCCCACAUCAAUAGAGACGACAGCUUGCUUCCGGGGUAUCGCGUGACCUUUCGACCGGAAAAUGUGGGCCAAGUGGGCACAUCAUCGGCCAUCCGCAAGAUGACGGCCCUGUGGCAGAGCGGCGUCGUGGCCUUCAUUGGACCGGACGAGAACUGCUAUGCCGAGGCACUAGUCGCUGACGCCUGGAACCUGCCCAUGAUCACAUACCGCUGCUCCGAUUUGCGAGUGUCCGGCCGGUCGUUCGGAACGUUCGCCCGAACUCUGCCACCUCUGUCCAAGGUCUCCAAGUCGGUCAUAUCUUUGCUACGUCACUAUCGCUGGGAUCAGGUGGUGUUGGUGGUCUCCGACCGUGGUGACAACAGGCUCAUUGCGGACGUCUUGAGUGCGCAAGCGCGCGACCAUAACGUCACGGUGCAGCACACGUACUACGUGCCGAACGACUACAGAGACGACGCCAAUGGAACGAUACGACGCAUUAUCCGCGAUUCCCACACCGCCACAAGAGUGUACGUGCUUUUAGCGGAGACUGGUGUCCUCGUGGAUUUUGUGCGCCUCAUGCAUCAGGUGGGACUGCUGGAGGGCGGAGAAUACGUGAUCGUCUCUGUUGAGGAGGAGGAUACGUACGACCGGAGAAACAAGUACCAGUACAUGAAAAAAGGCUGGGAGGACUCUUCCAUCGUGCGGCCGUUCCCUUUCCGAGCUGUGCUUCUGCUGUCGCCGCGCGUGCCCUCUGACGAGCACUAUGGCCGUUUCUCGGAGGCAGUGCUGAGCUACGCCGGCACCCAACCACUUUGCAUACCAAUGCACACCGAGCUCAAAUUUAAGGUCCCGAUAUACGCCGGCCUGACAUACGACGCCGUUAUGCUGUGGGCCAGGGCCGCAACGCAGGUGCUACGCGAGAACGGAUCGCUCACCAACGGCACUGCGAUUGGGCUGAAGAUACGAGGCAGCCUAUAUCGAAGUGCUCUCGGCUUCGACAUCCGCGUCGACGAAAACGGCGACGCUGAAGGCAACUACACGGUGCUCGGUUUCUCAGUGCCGGAGGAUGACCACCUCACUCCCGUGGGAAGGUUCACUCUCGCUGAGAAUGCCAGCUCUCUGCCCGUGUUUCGGCUUGACAAGGACAUUGCGUGGUUAGGCGGUGCCCCACCUGUCGGAGAGCCCAAGUGUGGCUUUAAAAACGACAAGUGCACGUCGAAGCAAGACUGGCGAGUCCUUGUAAUCUGCAUCACCUGCGCCUGUGUCGUUCUCGUGUUGGGUGUCUUCGCCUUCAGGCACUACCAUUACGAGUACAAGUUGGCCCGCCUCUUGUGGAAAGUGGACAUGGACGAAGUGGUCGUGCUGCGCACCAACUCCGAGCUUAGCUUCCAGAACACAAACCGUGGCAUGCUGGAGACCACACGCCUUGGUUUUGCGUUCCCGGACGAGCAGCAUUUGCUCAAACUGCGGAGGAGGCUGCAGAGUGCCGCUCCCUGGGUUUGGUCAGCGAACACAGUUCCGGAUACCGAGACUCCAACGGUGGCCGCAGGGCGCGGCCGCGUCGGUUUCUACAAGGGGAACGUUGUUCACAUCAAGCACGUCUACAAGAAAAGCGUCGACCUAACACGCAGCAUACGCAAGGAACUCAUACAGGUGCGAGAGAUGAGGCAUGAGAACAUCACUCCCUUCAUUGGCGCUUGCGUUGACCCACCAAACAUCUGCAUAUUGACUCUCUUCUGUGCCAGGGGAAGCCUCGAGGAUGUGCUGAAGAACGACGAUCUCGACCUCGACAGUAUGUUCAUCUCAUCUCUGGUGGCGGACCUUAUCAAGGGCAUGAUCUACAUCCACGACAGCGAGGUGUUGUCUCACGGCAACCUGCGUUCAUCCAACUGCCUGGUGGACUCGCGCUGGGUGCUCCAAAUCUCCGACUUCGGGCUGCACGAAUUCCGCGCCGCUCAAACAUGCGCUCCACAGGCGGUCACCGAGAACGCUUAUCGAGGCCUCCUGUGGCGUGCUCCUGAGCUUCUGCGGUCACCUAGUCCACCGGCACGCGGAACGCAGAAGGGUGACGUCUACUCCUUCGGCAUCGUUCUCUACGAGAUCAUCGGCCGCCAAGGACCCUGGGGCAACAAGGCCCCAUCGACAAAUG